AAUGGUAGAGAAAACAAAGGGAAGAAAGGAAGAAGUUGUUACUAGGGAGUACACCAAAAAUUUCCACAAACGUCUUCAUGGAUGCACAUUCAAGAAGAAGGCACCCAAAGCCAUCAAGGAAAUUAAAGCUUUUGCUGAGAAGGCAAUGGGGACCAAGGAUGUCAGAGUAGAUGUAAAGCUAAACAAACAAAUUUGGAGCAGGGGAAUCAGGAGUGUACCGAGAAGGAUCAGAGUUCGCAUUGCACGCAAGAGAAAUGAUGACGAGGACGCCAAGGAGGAGCUCUACUCUUUGGUUACCGUUGCUGAAAUUCCCCUAGAAGGUUUGAAAGGUCUUGGUACCAAGGUGAUCGAAGACGAAGAUUAA